AUGAUCCCUUACGCGACGGUGGAAGAGGGGUCAAUGGCGCUAGGUCGUAACCUCACGAGGCUCGAGAAGGUCUGGUUCGAUUACUCCGCCGCGAAAUCCGACUACUACCUCUACUGCCACAACAUUCUCUUCCUCUUCCUCAUCUUCUCCUUCGUCCCUCUCCCUCUCGUCAUCGUCGAAUCGGCGCGAUCUGCCUCCGGCUGGUUCUGGUUCGAUCGGUAUAAGAUUCAGCCCAAGGUGGCCUACUCGCUCUCCGAUAUGUUCCGCUGCUACAGAGACGUCAUGAAGAUGUUCAUCCUCGUCGUUGGUCCGUUGCAAUUCAUCUCUUAUCCCACGAUCCAAAUGAUUGAGAUUCGUUGUGGAUUGCCAUUGCCAUCGUUAAUGGAGAUUGUAGCGCAGUUGGUUGUUUACUUCUUGGUAGAGGACUAUACAAACUACUGGGUACAUAGAUUGUUUCAUUGCAAAUGGGGUUAUGAGAAGAUUCACCAUAUCCAUCACGAGUACACUGCUCCGAUUGGAUAUGCAGCUCCACAUGCACAUUGGGCUGAGGUUCUGGCUCUCGGGAUUCCGUCGUUUCUUGGUCCGGCGAUUGCUCCUGGACACAUGGUUACCUUCUGGUUGUGGAUAGCUUUACGCCAAAUGGAGGCCAUUGAAACUCACAGCGGAUAUGAUUUUCCAUGGUCGCUGACGAAAUACAUUCCGUUCUACGGUGGAGCUGAGUAUCAUGAUUACCAUCACUACGUUGGUGGACAAAGCCAGAGCAACUUUGCGUCAGUGUUCACUUACUGCGAUUACAUCUAUGGAACUGACAAAGGCUAUCGAUUCCAAAAGAAGCUUCUUCACCAGAUCAAGGAGGAGUCCAAGAAGGGCAACAAGCAAACUGGAGGAGAGAAAUUCGAUUAG